AUGGCCCAGGUGAGAGCGGAUCGGGGUGGGGGAUAUGCGUGUAGCAAUAUCAUGAGUCACUUGCAGGCAGUGUUGGGGCGAGUUGAACAGCUGGGUGUCAACGAGAGUUAUGGCGCCUACGCCUACGAUCACAGACGCACCCCGCUAUGGCGCUGUCCUGCUCCGCACAUCCUUCUCAUCGACGCCCUCCGUCCUUCUCAGAUCCGCUUCCCACCUGCUUCUCCCAUACCCGCUUCUGGCCCACGUGUUCAUACCCCUACUAUUUCUCUCCGACAUCCUUCUUAUAAGCCACUGUCACUUUCCCUCCUUUCCCUGCCUUCCCCCUCCCACCCAGCCAGCACUGCGUCGCACCUGCAUCUCCGACCGCCACAAGUCUGCACGGGAAUCGGGCCCCCACAGCGCAGUCGCACUGUUCAUCCAGUGCGGGCCAAGGCACCAUCCCCUCCCUCCCUUUCCCAUACCCUCUUCUUCCCCACCACCCCCUUCCCCACCCCUCUCAGCUCCGCACCUAUUCUCCUAUGUCAGUAUUUGCCCCACGAAUUCCUGCGCUACUGUGGUGCCGCACUGCUCUCACCCGCGCGCUGUACCCUCCCUCCUCGCCCCAUACCCUCUCCCUCCCCACCCCAUACCCUCUCCCUCCACAUCCCAUACCCUCGCCCUCCCCACGCCAUACCCUCUCCCAUUUCCCCCCUUCUCCAGCCACCGCCCCAGCGCUGCAUCUGGUGCUCCUACUUUGACAUCUGGCCCACGGCAUUGCGCCCUCAUAGUACUGGCUCUUACAUUGGCGUCACAAGGAACCUGUGCACUGUUCACUCCUUGCCAAGGCUGUACCGCGCCUCGCCUUCAACACCCAUUUCCUUCUUUCAUCCCUCCCCACCCCUCGUACCACCAGCUCCUCACCUGCUUCUCCCACACUUCACCGACUCCUGGCCCAUGGACUCCCGCCCCCGAAGCACUGUCUUCCACAUCCCUUUCUUCCCCUCCCCUCAUCCCUCCUUCCACCAGCUCCGCACCUGCUGCUCCCGCACCAACGUGUGCUCCACUGCCUCCCACCCCCAUGGUGCCAGCACACUCUUCACCUCUGCAGCAGCAUGCCGGAUGCUGCUGACGUGGGCGAGAGGCGCUGGCGGUGCAAGCCGCAUUGACGGCAGCCGUGGCAGCGGCGGGGAGCACAGGGAGGAGGGCGGGAAGGGGGCGAAGGGGCGGGGAGAAAGCGGGGGAGAAGGGGUGUUGAAGAAAUGGGGUCUCAAGGAAGGGGAGGUGAAGGAAGGAGAGGAGAAGGAAGGGGAGGUGAAGGAACGGGAGGAAAAGGAAGGGGAGGUGAAUGAAGGGGGCUUGAAGGUAGGGGGCUUGAAGGUAGGGGGGUUGAAGGUAGGGGGGUUGAAGAAAGGGGGGUUGAAGAAAGGGGGGUUGAAGGUAGGGGGGUUGAAGAAAGGGGGGUUGAAGAAAGGGGGGUUGAAUCAAAGGGGGUUGAAGGGAAGGCGGGAGAGGGAAGAGGGGAGAGGGGGGUUGUGA